GGAUAGGGGGCGCUGACCUAAUAAAAAGGCUUAGCUCCAAAAGCUUGACUGGCACAUUGAUCAAGACAGGAACGAGGCACUGAGGGACUGCAGGGCAGGCAUGAGAGCAGCCUGCUGACAUCAACUUCAAGUUUUCAUAUGAGGAGAGAGAUCUGGACUCAUCAGCUCCUUCAGGCAACAUGUCCUUUGAGAGGCUCUUCCCGGCUAUCGUGGAGUGCUUUGGGAUAAUAGUAUGUGGAUACGUCGCGGGGAGGGUGAAUAUUAUCACACCCACCCAGGCUAAAGGACUGGGGAGCUUUGUGUCCACUUUUGCCCUCCCAGCACUGCUGUUCAAGAACAUGGUCCUGUUGGACUUUGGCAAUGUUGUCUGGCCUUUCCUGUGGAGCAUCCUCGUCGCCAAAUUGUGCGUCUUUCUCCUUGUGGGCGUCCUCACGCUGAUAGUUGCCAGUCCAGAGAAGCGAUACAGCCAAGCUGGGAUUUUCUCAAUAUUCGCCACCCAAAGCAAUGAUUUUGCUUUGGGAUAUCCCAUAGUUGAGGCACUGUACAAGAGCACAUACCCACACUACCUUCAGUACAUCUACCUGAUCGCACCUGUGUCCCUGAUACUUCUAAAUCCCAUCGGCUUUGCCUUCUGCGAGAUCCAGAAGUGGAAGAACGAGGGAAACCACCAGCAGAGCAAACUUUUGACUGUGGGAUGUGUAGUUCUACAAGUCCUGAAGAACCCCAUCGUGUUCAUGGUUAUCAUUGGUCUCAUCACACAUUUCGUCCUGCACCACAACAUUCCUCCAUUCCUGGCUGAAUUUGUGAAUUGUUUGGCUAGCUCUUUUGGGGGGACAGCGCUCUUCUACUUGGGUCUGUCCAUGGUCGGCCAGUUGAGGAAACUAACCCGAGGCGAUUUUAUGACAAUGACAUUACUUCUAACAGCUAAACUGUUGCUAAUGCCCCUGAUCUGUAAGGACAUGGUGGAACAGUUAGACAAUAGCAACACCAGUGCCUCUGACCACUCAAGCCUCUCCAAUUAUGCUUUUCUUUAUGGAGUAUUUCCCACUGCACCAAGUGUAGCCAUCUAUGCUGUGUAUUACAACGCAGAGCUAGAAGUUGUUACUUCCGGGAUGGUUAUCAGCACUUUCCUUUCAGCUCCAAUAAUGUAUGUGUCUGCCUGGUUACUGUCAAUCUGUCAGAUGGAUUCUAAGCUGGUGUUGAAUUCACUGCAGAGCGUUACCAUAAACAUAAGCGUACUGAGCUUAGUUUUGCUGAUAUGGACAAUUGCAAUUAUUUUACUGAGUCAGAAAGUGAAAAGACUGCCUCAUUUGUUUACAUUCAACCUUUUCUUAGCACAGUUUAUGACUUGUAUCGGGAUGAUCCUGUGGGAUUUCAUGGUCACAUCUGACAAAGACCUCGGGCAGGUCCUGACUGUCGCAAUACUAUGUACCUCACUCUACAGCACCUAUGUGUGGCCAGCUCUGAUAGCACUCUCUCUGGUGCUUAUGAAGAGGUAUGAGGAAAAAGUGUCACCAGGCCUCUUUGUCCUUGCAGGCUGGGGGAUUCCAGCCUUUGUAACUGCUGUGCUGCUAUUUUCUGGGGAAGAAAUGACAGACACGAUUGACACCUCUUUCAUUUACGGCAAACAACAGAUAAUCUGCACUUCAGUUGUAGCUUCCUUAAGUAUAGUGCUGGGAGGGGUCUCUCUGCUGUGUCUCAGUAAAGGGAGCAGGACUCGAAAAGAAUAUUCCCAAGAAGGAAACUCUUCAGAUUAUCUCGUGUCUGAAGUUGAACAUGAAUCCAAGACUAAAUUUGUGCUUGUCAACCCGUUUGGAGAGCUCAGCAGAGGUCGGAAUGAGAACAAGUAUGCCUACAAAGACUACCCGCAUUUCCACAUGGAUGAGCUCCAACAGGUUGAAGAUAAACAAGAAGCCCGUCAUGAGAUCUUGUGUCUUUUCCUGAUUGUCAGCUUGCUUGCUAACUUGUGCAGCUGCUUGUGGUUGCUCCUCUACCGUGCUCCUGGAAGACUUUACUUGGAGCUGCAGUUUUUUUGUGCUGUGGCUAACUAUGGACAGGGUUUUCUCUCUUUUGCUGUGUUUGGUCUGGACAAGCACUUGAUGGCACUGCUUUUUAAGAGGAUUGGAAAAACAGACUUCAGAUCGCCUAAUAUGGCUGCAAAGAGGAGAUUGGCUAAUAGGGCAUUAAAGAGGAGAAAGACUGAUAAGGCCCCUACAAAUGGACCGCCAGUGGCCAUCCCUCCUGAGUUACAGAGACUUAACAGCAGCAUCCUUGGGAAGAAAGAUCUAGAGCAGAAAAAGGGGGAAAGAACGCUGCUUGCCAGUUCAACAAAAUACUGCACACAAGAGGAAAAAAAGGUUAUGAUCCAUUACUUGUCUCCAAUGCCUGAUCAACCAUCAGACAAGGAGGAUCCAAGACCCAGUGGAAGUGAGACACAACACCAAGGGAAGGACAGCAGGAGGAAAAAGAGAUUAAAAACUAAACAUGUUGAUCCCUAAGAGUUGGCCAGAGAAGUUUGACUGUAAAUGUUAAAUCAGCAAAUAUAAAAGACAAAAUAAGCUUCUGUUCUGUGACUGUGUUUUGCUCUUUAACUCAACAUGAAUAAAGAAGAGAUGUUUGUAUUUGUUAUUAUAAAAGUUUGGAUGUGUUAAAUUAAGACAAUGGAGACACUGAUGUGAUGAUUCAGCUAUGAUUGUUUCCAACAAUUACAAAACAAGAAUUAAAUAUGUAUAAAAGAAGAUUUUGUUUUUGCAGUAGUUGUAUCCCUCAUCUGGGCCCUGGUUUUAUCCUUCAUCUGGCUCACUGUGAGUGGGUCUGCCUCAUUACCCAGGGUCCCUCUGUGCUGUCAUGUCUGAAAGCAGGCCUUUGCUUUAAUGUAUAAUCAAUCACUGUAUGUCAGUCUUUGAUUGGACUGCUGACAGGAAAGUGUGGAAGAGACGCCGGUCUUUAGGAUAAUUGCUCUCUCAACAAAAACAUGUUUUGCAUUUUCCUCUGACAUUGUGACAAGAGCUAUUUACUUGGGCUAUUGUUGUGGUCUUUGAACAACACCUAAAAAUGCCGCUUAAUCUUUUAAUGUGAUUUUCUUUUAUUGAGUGAACAGUGCAGCUAUUGUGUUGUGGAAAAACCAGAGGCGGACUCCAUACUGGAAAAACUAUUUGGUGUGUGAGUGAGCUCCUCCUGGUGGCAGAAUACUAGAAAUCUUGUUUAAGUGGAAAUCAUGACUUGGUUUUAGGGUAAAUUCAAUGUAUUUUAAAAUAAUCAUUCACUUCUGUUGAAUAAAAAGUACUUAUCACAGUG